ACCUCCGACCUCCCCUCCAGUCUGGCACAGGUGUACCGGCUCCUCCCCUUCAGUCUGGCACAGGUGUACCGGCUCCUCCCCUUCAGUCUUGCACAGAUGUACUGGCUCCUCCCCUUCAGUCUUGCACAGGUGUACCGGCUCCUCCCCUUCAGUCUUGCACAGGUGUACCGGCUCCUCCCCUUCAGUCUUGCACAGGUGUACCGGCUCCUCCCCUUCAGUCCUGCACAGGUGUACCGGCUCCUCCCCUUCAGUCUUGCACAGGUGUACCGGCUCCUCCCCUUCAGUCUUGCACAGGUGUACCGGCUCCUCCCCUUCAGUCUUGAACAGGUGUACCGGCUCCUCCCCUUCAGUCUUGCACAGGUGUACCGGCUCCUCCCCUUCAGUCUUGCACAGGUGUACCGGCUCCUCCCCUUCAGUCUUGCACAGGUGUACCGGCUCCUCCCCUACAGUCUUGCACAGGUGUACCGGCUCCUCCCCUUCAGUCUUGCACAGUUGUGUCGGCUCCUCCCCUUCAGUCUUGCACAGGUGUACCGGCUCCUCCCCUUCAGUCUUGCACAGGUAUGCCGGCUCCUCCCCUUCAGUCUUGCACAGGUGUGCCGGCUCCUCCCCUUCAGUCUUGCACAGGUUGUACCGGCUCCUCCCCUCCAGUCUUGCACAGGUGUACCGACUCCUCCCUUUCAGUCUUGUACAGGUGUGUCAGCUCCUCCCCUUCAGCCUUGCACAGGUUGGCGGCUCCUCCCCUUCAGUCUUGCACAGGUGUACUGGCUCCUCCCCUCC